CCAGACCCUGAGGCGGCUGGGCCCACCUUCCCGGAACCGUCCGACCCUCGGCCGCCUCGGCCUCGGCUGCCUCCUCCGGCCUGACCCUGGGGCCAAGGGCAGGAGGCCGCUUCCGCCGAAGAGGAGGGGGCCGUGGUGGCCACCGCGGCGGAGCCCGAGUUCUUUUGCCAAGAAAAUGGUUUGCACGAUUUUGAACGUGUACUAUCCAUGCUGAUGGGACAGGAUCCAAUAUGAAUGUAAAUGAUGGAGGAAGACGACGCUUUGAAGAUAAUGAACAUACAUUACGUAUAUAUCCUGGGACAAUUUCAGAAGAGACAAUCUACUGUCCAAUUCCUGCCAGAAAAAACUCCACAGCAGCUGAGGUGAUUGACUCUCUUAUAAACAGACUUCAUCUUGACAAAACAAAAUGUUAUGUUCUAGCAGAGGUAAAGGAAUUUGGUGGAGAAGAAUGGAUACUCAAUCCAACAGACUGUCCAGUUCAGCGAAUGAUGUUGUGGCCCCGAAUGGCUCUGGAAAAUCGCUUGAGUGGAGAGGACUACCGCUUUCUUCUGAGAGAGAAAAACCUUGAUGGAUCAAUCCAUUAUGGUAGCCUUCAGUCAUGGCUACGGGUAACGGAAGAACGUCGCAGGAUGAUGGAACGGGGUUUCCUUCCACAGCCGCAACAGAAAGACUUUGAUGAUUUAUGUAGCUUACCUGAUUUGAAUGAGAAAACUCUCUUAGAAAAUCUACGAAAUCGCUUUAAACAUGAAAAAAUUUAUACCUAUGUUGGCAGUAUUCUAAUAGUUAUUAACCCAUUCAAGUUUCUUCCUAUUUAUAACCCCAAAUAUGUCAAGAUGUAUGAUAACCACCAAUUGGGAAAACUUGAACCCCACAUUUAUGCUGUGGCUGAUGUAGCUUAUCAUGCUAUGCUUCAGCGCAAAAAGAAUCAGUGCAUCGUGAUUUCAGGAGAGAGUGGUUCUGGAAAGACUCAAAGCACAAACUUUCUUAUUCACCACCUUACUGCUCUCAGUCAGAAAGGAUUUGCUAGUGGAGUUGAACAGAUUAUACUUGGAGCUGGACCAGUACUUGAGGCCUUUGGAAAUGCAAAGACAGCUCAUAAUAACAAUUCCAGUCGUUUUGGCAAGUUUAUCCAAGUAAAUUACCAGGAAACAGGCACUGUACUUGGUGCUUAUGUUGAAAAAUAUCUACUGGAGAAGUCCAGACUCGUCUAUCAAGAGCAUAAUGAACGGAACUAUCAUGUAUUCUAUUACCUCCUGGCAGGAGCAAGUGAAGAAGAGAGAUCAGCAUUCCACCUUAAACAACCAGAGGAAUAUCAUUAUCUCAAUCAGAUAACAAAGAAACCCCUCAGACAGAGCUGGGAUGAUUAUUGCUAUGACUCUGAGCCGGAUUGCUUCACAGUGGAGGGAGAAGAUUUGAGGCAUGACUUUGAACGCUUACAACUGGCCAUGGAAAUGGUAGGAUUUCUUCCCAAGACACGAAGACAGAUUUUCUCACUUCUCUCAGCAAUACUACAUUUGGGUAAUAUUUGUUAUAAAAAGAAGACAUACCGGGAUGACUCCAUUGAUAUUUGUAAUCCUGAAGUUCUGCCUAUUGUUUCAGAAUUAUUAGAAGUUAAAGAGGAGAUGCUAUUUGAAGCAUUAGUUACAAGGAAGACAGUGACAGUGGGAGAAAAGCUUAUUUUACCAUACAAGCUGGCAGAGGCUGUGACAGUGAGAAACUCCAUGGCUAAGUCUCUAUAUAGUGCCCUGUUUGAUUGGAUAGUUUUUCGAAUUAAUCAUGCACUUCUGAGUAGUAAAGAUUUGGAGCACAAUACCAAGACAUUGUCUAUUGGUGUUCUUGAUAUUUUUGGGUUUGAAGAUUAUGAAAAUAAUAGCUUUGAACAGUUCUGUAUUAAUUUUGCUAAUGAGCGUUUACAGCACUACUUCAAUCAACAUAUCUUUAAGUUGGAACAAGAGGAAUAUAGAACUGAAGGUAUCAGCUGGCACAACAUAGAUUAUAUUGAUAAUACUAGUUGCAUAAAUCUUAUUAGCAAAAAACCAACGGGACUGCUUCAUCUUUUGGAUGAAGAAAGCAACUUUCCUCAGGCUACAAAUCAAACAUUGCUAGACAAGUUUAAGCAUCAACAUGAAGAGAAUUCUUACAUCGAAUUUCCAGCUGUGAUGGAGCCUGCUUUCAUCAUAAAACAUUAUGCUGGAAAAGUAAAAUAUGGGGUAAAGGAUUUCAGGGAAAAAAAUACAGAUCAUAUGCGGCCAGACAUUGUAGCUCUUCUGAGAAGUAGCAAGAAUGCGUUUAUUUCUGGGAUGAUUGGAAUCGAUCCUGUAGCUGUUUUCCGAUGGGCAGUUCUCCGAGCUUUCUUCAGAGCCAUGGUUGCUUUCAGGGAAGCUGGGAAAAGACACAUUCACAGAAAAACUGGACAUGAUGAUACAGCGCCAUGUGCAAUUUUGAAAAGUAUGGAUAGUUUUAGCUUUCUCCAACACCCAGUCCACCAGAGGAGCUUAGAGAUUCUGCAGAGAUGCAAGGAAGAGAAGUACAGUAAGGCUAUAAAUCUUGAUAAAUUCUGUGUUAUCACAUAUCCAUUUGGAAAUGGAAACCAGGAGCAUCCUACACCAGGGUGGGACAUAGAUGGUAUAGGCAGCUUGACCUCCGUUAAUUUCUGAGCAGUC